AUGCCUAACAUUUUUCGCAGCUUUUUAUCGGAUCGCUAUAAUGGCAAACAAGAACGGUUUUACAAACGUUACGAAGCAUUUUUUCAAGCCAUUCCUAACAUGCCACCGAUGCCCAGACCAAAAACCACUAAUAAUAUCAGGACUAACACAAGAUCCGAGCCUAAAACCAACCCAAAGUUAACCUAUCUUUAUGGUAGUAGGGAACCCAGCAGCGACUGGCGUUGUGGCGAUGAUAUAUCAAUUGUAGACAGACGGGAAAUGGAAGAGCGAUUUGGCAUCCAAUUGAUGAGUACUCAACCGAUUUCCGAAAGCUUCUUGGUCAGUCAUAUUAUCUGGGAACUGAAAAUGCCUGGUCAAAGUCUAGAACAAAUGCCCAAAACAAAAAAAGAUAUUAAAGUAGGCAUCAUUACGGUCCUAGCCGAACCCACAAAGGCUCGCUCUAAAUUAAUUCGAAAAAGGACAUUUUUGGCCAUAGCCUCGGAACCACCAGAUAUUGUGCAACCACCACCAACCCAACCUAGAAAACAGCCGGAAAAAAGGCAUUUCAAGCGGCAGGGUGAGCAAUUCGAAUGCAGCCAUUGUGCGAAGAAAUUCGAUCACACCUGGAUGCUAGUCGCCCACAUGAGGACCCACACCGGUGAAAGACCCUUCGCGUGCCCGGAAAAAAGUUGCCAGAAGCCCUUCGCCGAUCGUUCCAAUCUACGUUCACAUCAGCGCACAAUGGGCCAUCACGAGUGGCAACAUCAGUGUGGACAGUGCGGCAAGUAUUUUAGCCAGAUAUGUUACCUGAAUCGCCAUUCGAUGGACGCCUGCCGGAAAUACCUGAUGAGGAUUAUGCAUAAGAGGUUCUAA